AUGGUAGGUUGCCAGCUCUAUGUGCUCCUGCUGUUGAUCGUCAACGUUGAUGUUCUGCAGGGACAAGUAGUGGAAGGUUGCAAAGGUCAUUACUCAGUCAAUGGAAACAACAUCACUAAGCCUGCGUGCAAGCAAGGCGAGAUCUGUAUCGAACUGGGCGUGAAGAACUUCACCGUUUACGUGGAGGACCAUUCUGUAAGUGUAAUGGGGAGAGAACCCGUGCCGAAAUGAGCGAAUAAUCUCUGUAUUUUCAGGACUACGUUAAUCCGUUCGAUUACAUGAGCGUUGUAUCGAGUGAGUUUUGUGUUGCACAUCAGUUUAUGGACAAAUUUAGGAUACGAAGGCGGAGAAAAAUACACGCAUGAUGGUGUGCAGCGGAAGACGGGCUUGCGUUUGUAAGAUUUUUUCCACGUCAUUGUGGAGAUUCUAUUCAGAAAAUACAAGAAACAGUUUAGCAAUAGACCACCCCUCAGUUGGUCUUCCCGCCAUCAGAUCCCAUCCAGCCAUGACCCGCAGUUCUUCGCACAGCUGUUCACGAACAGCGUAGAGAUUGUCUCGAUGGGAAGGUAGGCCAGUCUUUAGUCAGGAGAAACAAAAACUUGAGGACCCGCGUUGUCGGUCAGCCCCGAUUGAACUGUAUGCGUAAUUCUCCAGAAACCCAAUCGCUAAACAACAAAAUGAGGAUGUUUAUCGCAUCCAAACGGUGCUGGAUUCCGCGUUGUCCCUUGACGAAGUGAAGCGCGCCUUUGUCUACAAGGAGUACCUGUUCAUCAAUCCGACGAAAGCCGUCGACUUUAGAGUUCUCUACGAGAAGAAGGGGCCCUUUGAACUCGACAAAGACAGACCAGGACUACUUUUAGAGCACAAUGUUGGCCUGAUCCACCCCGAGGACAUCCCCAACGAACACAUUGACAUCGAUUUUCUAGCUCUGAUCCUCAAGCAAUGCUUUGUAAGUUUGGGAAAAGUAAUACUACUAACUAGGCCUGUGUGCAUUUUCGUAUUUCAGAGACCUGAUAAGUACUGUUCGCUGGAUAUCAAGACGGAAUCCUUGGACCUGCAAGAUUACCCAGUGGGCUUUACCUGCGACGACCUGGUUCUGGAGACCUUUUGGUUUCAGUAAGUUAUCCGGCUCCGUUUUUAUGCCUACGUUUAGAAGAUACUGCGAAAUGCUUCCGAUGUACCGUAUUCGGCACAAGAAGACUGCUCCGAAGUAAGUGAAAUUUUGUGUUGGCUAAGUUGGAAUUUUUAGCGUGAUUUUCGACUUCCCCAAUGUUGAGGGCAUCGUAACGCAUGGAAUACAGUUUUGGUGGUAAGCAUUUCACUUUAGUUCUCUAUCGGAAGUUUGCAAAAAGAUUUUUUAGGACGCCGUCUUAUCCACGUACCAAAUACAGAAGACGCGGUAUCCUGCCUAUUAUCCAGCCGAACGAUCCCUUUAACGACUUCGUCACACAGUUCACAACUCCCGUCCCAACGACCACACCCCGCCCACCACCAACCACCACCACUCUGAAGCCGGUCCCGGCCGGUCCCGCCUCAAAAAUCAUUGAAAUCGAGGAGGACACGGAGGAAUUAGAGAUGAACAGCGUGAUCGAACCCAUGAUUGCGAAUAAUGGACCGGCGAUUUCGAGCCUUACCGUCAUCUAUUAUAUCCUUGGUUAUAUCGCUGUUUACUUGAAAGGUUACAUUAUGUAA